UUCUCUCGCCUAAUUUAUCAACUAGGCUGGUGUAUGCCUUGUUCAUGACUAUGUGCGCCGAGGUGGCAUGCCAAGGGGUCCAUUCAGUGACAUUUGGCGCAAGAUGGGCGGGGGUACGGGACUGAGCAGGCCCAAAUGAGCAAAUUUUGGACACAGUCCUCCCUCGGCUGCGUACGCACAUAUUACCUGCGUCCUGCACUCAAUUUCGGCCCACACUCACUCCUCUCGACAGCUUCGGGUUUUCUCUCACCUCACUAGUCUAUUUCCAGAGAUAAGCUACUAUGUAUCGCCCUUCAUUAAAUAAUGGCAUGCGUCUGUACAGCACGAAAGCAAGAAAGAAAAGAGAAAUAAUCGAUCGUAUUAUACGUGUAGACCAUGCUGGGGAACUGGGAGCUGAUCGCAUUUAUGCUGGACAAAUGGCAGUGCUUGGUAAAUCUAGUGUGGGGCCAGUCAUCCAACACAUGUGGGAUCAGGAAAAGGAGCAUAAAGCAAAGUUUGAAGAAUUGAUACCAAAAUACAGAGUUCGUCCCACUGUUCUCGUCCCAAUCUGGAAUGUGGCUGGUUUUGCUCUUGGUGCAGGGACUGCAUUAAUGGGAAAAGAGGCAGCAAUGGCGUGCACUGUAGCAGUAGAAUCGGUCAUCACAGAUCACUAUAACUCACAGCUACGAGAACUAAUUUCUUUAGGAGAAGAAGAAAACAAGGAACUGAUUGAAGCCAUAAAGAAGUUCCGAGAUGAUGAAAUGGACCACCACGACACCGGCCUGGAAAAUGAUGCACAAUUAGCACCAGCAUACAGUGCUCUAACUACUGUAAUUAAGACUGGUUGUAGAGCAGCUGUGUGGAUAUCUGAACGCAUUUAGCACUUGCUUAAAUCAUGUAAAUUAUGUAUAUUUUGUAUCAAACUUGUUCUCAUUCAGUUCUGUAUUUAUCAAGGGUAUUUUUAUAAAAUAUAUUCAGAA